UUGACGUUCUACACAAAAAACAACUUUAGUAUGUAAAAGCCAUAAAUGUCCCUUUGGCAGCAAGAGGACGGCUAGACGAACGACAAGCUCAAAUAUUUACUGUUGGCUGUUAACAAAAGUAUGAAAUUUGGUAAAAUGCUAUACUGUGCUACUAGUUUGAUAUUCGGAUGUAUUAUGUUGUCGUCUGCUUGCAAACUUGCCAUUUCCAAUUAUAAAGGGAAACUGGUCACUAAUCAAAUGCUACAAAAGAGAAUCCUGAAAAUCGAGAUCACGUUGAAAGACACACUUGAAAGACAAUCAAAGAUGCUCAAAACAGUUAUGGAAAAGGCACAUAAAGAUCCGCUUCCACAUGAUAUGUGUUUGGAAGAUGUGUCUUUCAAGAAAAUGACAGGUCAAAGUUCAAAUUAUAAGCGUUUCCGAGCCAGAGCUGGUAAUGACGGCGAUCUCUCUACAUUUUUUCAUACGGGUAAUCAAAGGAAUCCAUAUUGGUGGGUAGACCUCGGAUCUUCCUUCUCAGUUCAUCAUGUUGAAAUUUGGAAUAGACGAAGAAACGGUAAUAGACUUCAUGUAAUGACUGUUAGUGUUGGUCCAACUUUAAGAAGAAUGACGCGGUGCGCUUAUUACAGAGGCCCGGCUAGAAAUGGGAGUCAUAUUAUACUGAAGUGCCGUAAACCUAUAAAAGGACGGGUGGUCAAGCUUGCCCUAAGAACCAGGAGCUACUUCCACUUAGCGGAAGUUAAAGUGUUUGCAUAUAAAAAGACUUGUUCACCAAAAUAGAAAACAUUUAUUAUCUGAUAUCAAGUAUAUUAUGACACUUUUCUUGGUGCUAUCAUUAUCUUAUUAAAGAUUAAAUCUUCUCUUGUUUGUUGCGUGAACCCCUAAGUGGGCUUUUGGAUUUGAUUUGUAACAAUAAAAUCAUUAUGCAUACUUGUCAUUUUGACAAAUCAGAUAAAAAAAAAUCUGUUUCAAAUGAAAAUAAAAUAAGUAAAAUAUUAAAAGACUAUUCGUUAAUAUACAUUUUUUACAACUUUUACUGUAUUCUCUAUCAAUUAAGUUAUCUUGUAAGCUAAUUAAAUGUUUAUUUAAUUCAUUGAUGUCACUUUUAUUUCUUAUAUUAUUCACACACUGUAAAUUAAUACUCUUAAAUUUAUGUGUGUUUUGGAUGUGCACUAGUGAUUGGUAAAUAUUGAUACGUUUCUGUGUUUUAAUAUACGUGACUUAACAUCAAGAUUUCCAUUAUUAUGGAAUUGAUCACCUUUGUUCACUUCGGUAUCUAAAAAAAGGUGGGUCUGAACACGGAAACACGUGAAAUAACAAAUCACACAAACUUUGCACGAAAAAAAAAAAACACUCUGGAAAAACGAAGCAAAGGAAUAAAAUCGUAAAUAUUUAGGAAAAAAGUACCAAAAGUUAUUACUCGGCCGUUCUUGAAGAUCAUGCAGUCAUUAUAAAUUGAUAUAGCGACCCUGCAUGUGGUCACUUUUUAGCGUCCUCUAGUUGCAGACGAUUUAUCAUAGUAAUACAAUAGGCUAUUAAUAAAUAUCUUGGGACCAGUUAAUAAGUUUAUAAUUUAAAACAAUAUCUGGGCUGACUUUGAAUUAGUUGGUUUACUUUUUAAUCAAAUGCGGGACAAGCACGAGAAAAUGAGAAUACCGACAGGAAACACGGAAAAUAAUUAAGGGAAAACACAAAUUAACGAAGCACGCACGUCGAACCAAACACGAGAAAACGAGAAAUAAAACGUCGAAACACGAAAUCACGUGAAAUAAAAAGGCCGAAAACGAUGCACGAAAAUAACCCUUUACCACCCUCUAAAUAGGUCAUACUAGAUGUCGACACCUCAUAUUAGAACUAAAUUAGACGGUCAAUUUCGUUUGCUAGGUUAAAGAAAUCUUCAACUUGCUCUAAUUUGCCUGUGAAGACCAUAAAACCGUCAUCCCUAUUGUCAGUGUGAUUUGAUGUUUUUCUCCAUUGGAACUUAUCUAAGAUUUUAAUGAAUAGGACAGACAGAUGCAGAUCUGUGCAUGUUGGUGAAAAUAUACCAUCCAUGGGCGCUCCUAUAAUGUGUUUGUAUAACAGUCCAUUAAACUCAAAUUCAUUGUUUCUAAGAAUUAAUUUAACAAAUGCAAUUAAAUCUAUUUUGUUGAGAAUCUUUAAAGUGUAUUCUCCUGUGUGUCAAUUAAUUCAAAUGCAUUGAUAACAGUUUCUUCUUAAUUAUCAAUGAUCAUAUUUGUGUACCUUAACGUACAUCAUAGGCAAUAAGAAUGCAUUCUUUUUUUUACCUCAUGUGACUCUAUUUUAUUAAUGGAAUCUUUUUAUCUUGAAUGUAAAAGCUAUGCCUCUUCAAUAAUGGUUUUAUAAUAAGAUCAAGUAAGUAUCUCUCGCGGGAGAGUUGCAUUUAUUGAUGAUUGGUCGGUAACGAACAUUAAUGUGUCCUGCUAGCUGACCAGUUCACAAUGCCUCAUUACUUAUUUCUAGAUUAAUUUUAUGAAUUUUUGGAAGAAGGUAAAUGUGUCCCCCAUGUCUUGAAUCAUUAUUAUUCUCUAAGAAAUUAUACGUCUGGGAAUCUAUUAUUUUUUUCCUCAUUGCGUUAUGUUAGACACUUCUCUCAACAUGCCAAAAUUGUAAUGAUUUACAAUAAAAAGAAAAUGUUAUCUUCCAUACACAAGACCAUGCAAAACACUGAUAUAUAAUUUCUUAUUCAGUUGAAUUAAUAAUUAGA